UUUUUUUCUCCCGGAGACGACCCCGCCUUUUGCCCGUAUCUCUCCGCAAACCCACAAAGCCCCCUACUCCUCGCUCGAUGGCCGCCUCCGCCUCGCCCGCCGCCUCCCCGCCGCGCCACCGCCGCCACAACCACCGCGACGAAGACUCCCCGCGCCGCCGCAAGCUCCGCUCGUCCCCAUCCCCACCCCGCUCGCCAUCCCCCGACGCCGACCGCCGUCGCAGAUCUAGGGCUUCCCCGCCCGACCCCAACCGCCGCCGCGGACGCGACGCCAAUCCCUCUGAGAACAACGGCCACGCCAACCCCGGCAGGGACGCCGACGACGACGGCCCGCCCCGGCGCGCUAGGGUCUCGGAUGGGGAGGAGGAUGGCGACCGUGGGAGGAGGCGCGCUAGGGUUUCCGACGACGAGAACGAGGACGGCCGCCGGCGGAGGCGGGCUAGGGCAUCGGAUGAUGAUAGAGACGACCGCCGCGGCAAGCGCGACCGGGAGAGGGACAGCCGUCGCCACCGCCGCCGGAGUCCCAGCUCCGAGUCGGGAUCCUCCCCUGACGACCGCCGCAGCCGUCGCCACCGCCGUGAUGAGAGCUCGAGGCGGCGGGAUGACCGCAGGCGCCGGGAGGACGGCCGAGACGAGCGCCAGAGGAGAAGCCGUGAGAAGAGGGAGCCCACGCCGCUGCCCCCGCCGCCACCAUUGCUGCCGGAGAUGAUCCCUGGGCGCACGGGUGGGAUCUACAUCCCGCCCUUCCGCAUGGCGCAGAUGAUGCGGGAGGUGGAGGACAAGGCGAGCCCCGAGUACCAGCGGCUCAGCUGGGAUGCUCUCAAGAAGAGCAUCAACGGGCUGGUAAACAAGGUGAAUGCGACCAAUAUCAAGAAUAUAGUGCCGGAACUCUUCGCUGAGAACCUUGUUCGUGGGCGGGGGCUCUUCUGCCAAUCGUGCAUCAAAUCACAGAUGGCCUCACCUGGGUUCACUGAUGUGUUUGCUGCACUUGUUGCGGUUGUGAAUACCAAGUUCCCUGAGAUUGGACGCAUGCUUCUUGUUCGUGUUGUGCUCCAGCUGAAGAGGGCAUAUAAGCGAAAUGACAAGCCCCAAUUGCUUGCAGCUACCAAGUUCAUUGCACACUUAGUUAAUCAGGUGGUGGCGCAUGAGCUCGUAGCGUUGGAGCUUCUUACAGUACUUCUUGAGAAUCCAACUGAUGAUAGUGUUGAGGUGGCAGUCGGAUUCGUUAAAGAAUGUGGGGCAAUGCUGCAGGACUUGUCUCCACAAGGGCUUCAUGCUAUUUUUGAAAGAUUUCGAGGCAUACUUCAUGAAGGUGAAAUAGACAAGCGUGUGCAGUUCCUAAUAGAAGGCCUUUUUGCAAUUAGAAAGGCUAAAUUUCAGGGAUUCCCAGCCAUCCGUCCAGAGUUGGAUCUUGUGGAGCAGGAAGACCAAUUUACUCACGAGAUAUCCCUUGAAGAUGAGCUAGAUCCUGAGACCAAUCUAAAUGUUUUCAGGGCGAACCCAAAUUUCAUUGAAGAUGAGAAGGCCUACGAGAACCUGAAGAGUAGCAUUCUGGGAGCAGAAUCUUCUAAUGAAGAAGAAGGAUCUGAUGCUGCAUCUGAUGAUGAGGACGACGAAGAAUCUGAUGAAGAAGAGGAUGAAGAACAGAUGGAGAUAAGGGAUAGAACUGAGACCAAUCUCGUGAAUCUUAGAAGAACAAUAUAUUUGACUAUUAUGUCUAGUGUUGAUUUUGAAGAAGCCGGUCACAAGCUUAUGAAAAUUAAACUUGAGCCUGGUCAAGAGAUGGAGCUGUGUAUUAUGCUUCUUGAAUGUUGCAGUCAAGAGAGAACAUACCUUCGGUAUUAUGGGUUGCUAGGGCAGCGGUUUUGCAUGAUCAAUAAAGUGUACCAAGAGAACUUUGAAAAGUGUUUUGUGCAACAGUAUUCGAUGAUUCAUCGUCUUGAAACAAAUAAGUUGAGGAAUGUUGCCAAGUUUUUUGCGCAUUUGUUGGGGACUGAUGCACUCCCUUGGCAUGUUUUGGCUUACAUCCGGUUGACAGAGGAAGAUACGACGUCAUCUUCUCGAAUUUUUAUAAAAAUUCUAUUUCAGGAAUUAUCGGAACAUCUUGGCAUACGCUUACUCAACGAGAGACUGAAUGAUCCUAGUAUGCAAGGUUCCUUCGAGUCAAUCUUCCCAAGGGAUCAUCCGAAGAAUACUAGGUUCUCUAUCAAUUUCUUCACAUCCAUCGGUCUUGGGGGUAUCACAGAGAGCCUGAGGGAGUACUUGAAGAACAUGCCACGCCUCAUAAUGCAGCAGCAGAAGCCUGCAUCAUCUGAGUCAGAAUCUGGUGGAUCUGAAUCUGGUUCAGAAAGCUCUGGCGGGUCUAGUUCUGAGUCUGAGUCCGAGUCAGAAUCAAGCUAUGAUGAGAGUGACAAGAGACGGAGUAAGAGAAGGAAGAGGACUUGAGUGAACAUCCAACUGUUCUUAUUGAGUUGUCGUUUUCGUUUUUGUUCAGAUUAGCUGCUUUACUUGGACCGACCUAUAUUGUGUAUGCAUGUGCAAUAUGAGGAAGCUGCUGAUGUGUUCAGUCAUAAUCAGAAAGCUGUACUGUGUAAAAAUACUAGCCAAACUUGUACCAGCUGGUACCUUGUACUGUAAUCGUGUGGUGACGAGUCAAAGCAACAAAAGGCUACCAGAAAAUUCUUUGUUCUUUUCCACAAUUUUUUAGACAGAAAGUUUUGUACGUCGAGAAUUUGUUAUCCUGAGCAGAGUGAAAUAUUUUUCA